AUGUCAGGCGAACCCCCUCAAAUACGUCGUCGCCUUCCCUGCUUCUCUCCCUCUCUGCCCGCGACCCUCAAAUACGACGGCGGCCGCCGCGGGGCCAUCCUCGGGCUCUUCCUCGCCGGGUGGGCCACCCGCGUCGCCGCGGACCCGCAGUUCCCUUUCAAGGUGCUCAUGGAGGAGCUCGUCGGCGUCACCACCUGCGUGAUCGCCGACAUGGCCUCCCGCCCCAACUUCGGCCUCAACGAGCUCGACUUCGUCUUCUCCACCCUCGUCGUCGGAUCCAUCCUCAACUUCGUCCUCAUGUACCUCCUCACCCCCACCGUCGGCCCGUACUCGCUCGGCUCCCGCGUUGCCACAAUCAUGUCCAAGGGCGCGGUGGUCGCCGCCGGCCCGUACUCGCUCGGCUCCCGCGUCGCCACGAUCAUGUCCAAGGGCGUGGUGGUCGGGUUUGCGGCGGGGUUCACUGGGACCGCGAUCUCCAAUGGGCUUAUUGCGAUGCGGAAGCGCAUGGACCCGGCGUUCGAGACGCCCAACAAGGCUCCGCCCAUGCUGCUCAAUGCCGCCACCUGGGCGCUCCACAUGGGUGUCAGCAGCAACCUGCGGUACCAGACGCUGAAUGGGGUCGAGUACCUGCUCGGCAAGGUCGCACCGGCACCGGUGUUCAAGGUGUCCGUUGUUGCUCUCCAUUGCAUGAACAACAUGCUUGGUGGGAUGUCCUUCGUACUGCUUGCCAGGUUGACUGGGGCGCAAAAAUCAGAUAAGACGGCGACGAUCGCGAAAGAGAAGGAGAGGUUGAUAUGA